AUGGCGCUGAUUGGCUUCCUGGCGGCGGCAGUGUGUGGAUUACUGGUGGCUCGGGCAGAUCAGCUGAAGCAGGCCCGAAGCCCUUUGUUGCCCCAUCGUCCGUUUGUGGUGGUGUGGAACGCUCCUACUGAAUCCUGCCGUCUUCGAUUCAAGGUGGAUUUGGACCUCAGUGUCUUCGACAUUGUUGCAAACCACAACGAGACCUUGAGCGGACCCAACGUGACCAUCUUUUACCACAGUCACCUGGGAUACUAUCCUUACUACACCAGCUCUGGGGUCCCCAUCAAUGGUGGCCUUCCUCAGAACCAAAGCCUGAGCAAGCACCUCAGCAAAGCUCGAGCCGACAUUGACAAGCUCAUACCCGUCAAGGACUUUCACGGGCUUGGUGUCAUCGAUUGGGAAAACUGGCGACCGCAGUGGGUUCGCAACUGGGGCUCGAAAGACAUCUACCGGAACAAAUCCAAGGAGCUUAUAAGGAAACUGCAUCCUGGUUGGCCGCAAAGCAAGGUGGAGAAUGAAGCAAAGGAGCUCUUUGAGAGAGCCGGACAAGUAUUCAUGAACUCAACAUUGAGUCUGGCCGAGAGCCGAAGACCGCAUGGCCUUUGGGGGUUUUAUCUGUUUCCUGAUUGUUACAACUAUGGCUAUAAGCAGCAUCCUUUGCGUUACACUGGAGAGUGUCCUAAUAUUGAGCAUGUGCGCAAUGAUCACCUGAUGUGGCUGUGGAAGGAGAGUACGGCUCUCUAUCCUUCCAUCUACCUUGACUAUGAGCUCAAGUCUUCAGCUAAUACUGUUAAAUUCGUGCAUUACCGUGUCAAGGAGGCCAUGCGGAUUGCCUCGAUUGCCAGGAAUGACUAUACCCUUCCUGUUUUUGUCUAUUCCAGGCCCUUCUAUGCAUACACAUUUGUUGUCCUAUCAGAGAGUGACCUGGUCCACACUAUAGGAGAGAGCGCAGCCCUGGGGGCCGAUGGGGUGGUCUUGUGGGGCUCCUCCGAAUACGCAAGAUCCCAGAGAAACUGCUUGACAGUGAAGAAGUACAUUGACGGUCCACUGGGUCACUAUGUGAUUAAUGUGACUUCAGCUGCUAAGCUGUGCAGCAAGGCCUUGUGCAAGAAGAACGGCAAAUGUGUCCGUAAGAGCCUGGACUCCGGGGCCUACCUGCACCUCAACCCUCGCUUCUUCAACAUUCGACUCAACCACGGCAUCCGAGGACCACGCUUCCACGUCAGCGGCCACCUCGACAGCCAAGACAUCCUGGACAUGAAGCACAAGUUCACCUGUCAGUGUUACCAGGGCUGGACGGGCAUCUACUGUGAGAUGCCCCAGAUAACAGAGUCUGUCCCGUCCCACCUGAGACAACUGUUGCUGCUCCUGUCCCUUCACUUCUCCUGUCUGUCAGUCAUCAUGUUCUUGGGUCUGUGUCUCAUUAUUAAGUGUCUCAUACUGUAA